AUGGCUCCUAAGAAGGGUAAAGAACCUCAGCCUAAGAAGGCGACCAAGACGGUCGAGGACCGAACUUUUGGUAUGAAGAAUAAGAAGGGUGGUGCUGCUCAGAGGGAAAUCGGGCGUAUGCAGGCAAACCUCCAGAAUGGUGGUACAGCCGAAGAAAAGAAGAAGCAAGCCGAGAAGGCGGCCCGAGAGCGUGAGAAGAAGGCGGCUGAGGAUGCCAAGAGGGAUAUGGAGGCCAUGAUCAACAAGCCAGCUCAGAUUCAAAAGGUGCCUUUCGGAGUCGAUCCCAAGACGGUUGUGUGUAUCUUCUACAAGAAAGGCAACUGUGAAAAGGGCAAGAAGUGCAAGUUCUCGCACGACCUUUCCGUGGAGCGCAAGACAGAGAAGAAGAACCUGUACACCGAUCAACGAGGAGAUGAAGAAGAAACGAAGAAGGCCGAGACUUCAGCAGAUUGGGACGAAGACAAGCUCCGAAGUGUUGUCUUGUCAAAGAAGGGCAACCAGCAGACCACCACUGACAAAGUAUGCAAAUUCUUCAUCGAGGCAAUUGAGGAUGGCAAAUAUGGUUGGUUCUGGAUCUGCCCCAACGGAGGAGAUAAGUGCAAGUACAAGCACGCUCUUCCACCUGGAUUUGUUCUCAAGACUAAGGAACAGAGAGCAGCAGAGAAGGCGCUCAUGGAUAAAUCACCGCUUAAGACUCUGACACUGGAAGAUUUCUUGGAAUCUGAACGACACAAAUUGACAGGAACCCUGACGCCUGUGACACCUGAGUCUUUCGCCAAGUGGAAGAAGGAUCGACUUGACAAGAAGGCCGCUGAGGAACAGGCACGCAGUGCUAAGGAGAACACUGGUCGUGCUAUGUUCGAGAGCGGAAAAUGGAGGGGCGACGACGAGUCCGAAGACGAAGAUGACGAUGAUGUCUGGAACCUGCAAAAGCUUCGCCAGGAAACAGAGGUUAUUCGUUCAAGGAAGGAGGAGGAACGCCUCAUGGGAAGCUAUGCCACUCCCGACGAUGGCACUACGGGCCAGGCGACGCCGGCGGAAAAUACGCCAGCUGAGGAGGCCACCGGCUCUUGA